AUGUCCGAAUCACAACAGUUUUUUGAAUACCCACCAGUAGGGGCCAGGAUCGUCUCACUCGUGGCAUCCGUUAUUGUUGCAACAGCUUCUGGUACUCCAUAUGUUUAUUCUGUGUUUGCACCACAAUUGGUUAAAAAUUCAAAGCUUCCAGUGUCUUCGUUGUCAAACUUGUCACUAGCUCUAGCUUUAGGUGGUGCUUGUGGAGGCUUCCCUGCUGGACUCAUGAUUGAUAAAUUUGGACCAGGUCCUGCUGAUUUCAUUGGAUCAAUAUUUCAAUUCACAGCAUUCACACUACUUCACAAGAUCUAUACAACACAAUCACAAAAUAUCCCACUGCUGAUGGUUGCACUAGCAUGUGUUGGAUUUGGAUCCAUACUGAGCUUUUAUUCGACAGUGAAAUGUGCCACAGCAAAUUUCCCACAUCAUAGAGGUACUGCGGGUGCCUUACCAGUGUCAGCUUAUGCUUUGGCAGCGUUGCUUUAUUCAUCUAUUGCAGUCAAUUUCUUCAAAGAUAAUACAGCGGGAUUGCUCAAAUUUUUUUCAUUGUUUUGCCCAACCCUUUGCGUGGCUAGCUCUUUCUUUUUGAGAAUUUACAAGAAAGAAAAGAGAUCAGAUGCCACAGUUUCGGCAAAUAGUGAAUCAGCCAUCGCAGAAGAAAGAACUACAAUGAAGACGGUUCCAUCAGCCGCGUCUUUGAUGAGUGCAUUCAAUGAAAGAAGAAGAAGCUUAAGAGGAUCACUAAGUUUCUGGGGUAUUGGUGUUAGAUCUCCAAGAGGUUCAGUCAGUUCAUUCUCUCAAGAAAACAGACCAUUGUUAGCACCAGAACUUCGCAGAGCAGAUAGUUCAGUGAUAUACUCUGCUGUUGAAGAUGUUCCAGUGUUUGUGCGUGAACAUUCGCCAAUUUGGAAUCAUUAUAUCGUGAAAGCGAUCUGUCAAAGGUUGUUCCUCAAGUAUUAUUUCAUAUUGGCUUCCUUGCAGGGUAUUGGGCAAAUGUAUAUUUAUAGCGUGGGUUUUAUCGUUGUUGCGCAAGUUAAUUCAACACCUAAUAAGAAACUAACAGUUGGACAAUCUCAAGCAUUACAGGUUUCAACAAUUGCAAUUGCUAGUUUCUUGGGAAGAUUAACCUCGGGCCCUAUUUCUGAUGUUUUCAGAAGAAAAUUUCAUGCACAAAGGAUAUGGUGUAUCUUCUUUGCAUCUUCACUGAUGGGAUUAGGCCAGCAUUUAACUUCAAUAUUUGAUUCAGUUGAGCAGAUCACACUUUGUUCAUUCAUUACAGGGUUUGCCUUUGGGUUUGUCUUUGGUACUUUCCCUGCUGUGGUUGCUGAUAGAUUCGGUACAGAAGGGUUUAGUACUAUAUGGGGCUUGAUGACCACUGGUGGUAUUAUAACUGUUAGUCAAUUGACAAAAUUGUUUGGUUAUUACUUGGGUAAACAUACAGAUGAAGAUGGUGUUUGUAGAGCUGGACUUGAAUGUUAUAGAGAAGCCUUUGUUUUCACAAAAUGGGCCAGUUUAUUUAUUUCAGCAUUGCUUUUAUUGACCAUUUAUAUUAAUCACAGAUUGGGUACUAAAGGUUAA